AUGAUAUCAAGAACAUUGGUCAGAGGCGCUUAUAAACAAAAUGUUGGAAUACUACUACAGUUAAGUACCAGAUCAUUUUCGCAAAAUUUUAUUAAAUUUCAAGAAAUAUCAAAAGACAAAAAAGAACCUUCAUCAUCAUCACCAUCACCAGAACAAUCAAAAAGAAGACCAUUGAGUAGAGUUGCAAUUGGUGGUUCCAAAGAUUCAAACAGAAACUUCAACAAGGGAAGUGGAUUGGAAUUUGCAACAUGGAAAGCAGUUGUUUUAUUAAUUGUAGUUGGAGGUGUUGGAACUUAUUUUUUUCAAAAGGAAAAAGAAAGAUUGAAACAAAUAAGAGAAUUAGAAGCUAAUAAAAAAAUUGGAAAACCAUUAAUUGGUGGAGCUUUUUCUUUGGUAGAUACUGAAGGUAAUAAAUUUACAGAACAAAAUUUAAUUGAUCCAAAUGGUAAAAAAUUUUCAAUUUUAUAUUUUGGAUUUAGUCAUUGUCCUGAUGUAUGUCCUGAAGAAUUAGAUAAAUUAGGUGAUAUGUUAGAUAUUUUAAAAAAAAAUAAUGUUGAAAUUCAACCAAUUUUUAUAACUUGUGAUCCUGCAAGAGAUUCACCAGAAGUAUUAACUAAAUAUCUUGAAGAUUUUCAUCCUGGAAUUAUUGGAUUAACAGGAACUUAUGAAGCAGUUAAAAAUACAUGUAAAAAAUUUAGAGUUUAUUUUUCAACUCCUUCAGAUGUUAAACCUGGUCAAGAUUAUUUAGUUGAUCAUUCUAUAUUUUUUUAUGUUUUAGAUCCUGAAGGUAAUUUUGUUGAUGUUAUUGGUAGAGAAGCUUUAGCUCCUGAAAGUGCAGAAAAAAUAACAAAAUGUGCUGAAGCAUUUGUACCACUGGAUCAAUUGGAAGCUAAGAAGAAAGGUAUAUUUGGGUUCCUUUAUAAAUAA